AGGAUCUUGACAUUAGGGUGUCAUCGUAUAGUCUGGGGGUUGGUAUGCUAGCCAAUGAUAGACUUCAUGGAAUGGAAUGGUUAAGUAUAAGUCGCUGUUUUAAGUACUUUUUCAAUGGAAUGGUUAAGUAUUAUAAGUCGCUGUUUUACUACUUUUUCCGGCCUCUGUUGACCCAUUAGUAGUUCCCAGUAGUUGUAUUUGAAAACUUCUUCUACCCUUCUACUUUUAUCAUGUGACCAAUCGUGUGCUAGCCAUUGCUUCUAUCCUAUCAUCGUCGGGAGCAGAACUGUAUAAGUAGGAGUGUGGAUUAAGUACUAGUUGGAAAAAUGCCGAACGUUGUUGUUGCAUCCUCUUUGCCGAAAGAUGCCUGCCUUAAGGACAACCCGAUCGAGCAGUGUACCUCGCAGGAUGGCCUAGCAGAAGGAACAACUACGCAGACAGCUGGCUCAACUGGCAAAGCCACACUGGUCACUAAGGGGACUCUGGAGGGGACUAUUUCCUGUUGCGAUUCGGAGAAACAAGAGACUGCUUUAGCUUCAAGCGAGAAGAAAGCUGCGCCAAAGAGAACUGGUGUGAAGGACAAAGAUCAUGCAAGUGAGAAGAAGAAGAAAGAGUAUAGUGAUGAAGUUACAACAGAACCAGAUAGACCUGAAGUGGUGGCGGCGAUCCGUUCAUGGCAUCGCCACGUCAACCGCACUAGCGACGUCACGGUGCUAGAAAACGGCGAGACCAAAAAUGUCUUUCUCAUACCUUUAGAAGAUUGGCUCGAUGAGAAGACGCUUACAGCAAUGAGACGGAUAUAUCGAGACAGCCGAUGGUGGGUUAUGAACGUGGUUCCUCGUGGUACAGCGCUAAAAUGGGAGGAGACUGACCCUCCGGAGGAUAAGCCACGCAUUUUUCCAGAGAAAGAGGAGCCUAAACAUCUAAAUGCUCGGGCGUCACCGUCAGCGAAGGCUGUAACAGAUACGAAAGCUAUAACCAGUGAUGGUGCAAAUGAUUCUGAUGAAGAGGAAGAAGACAGGCGAACGCGUAUAGAGAAAUGGGAAAUCUCUCAUGGUAGCUGGAUUCCGUUAACAACUUUCUUUUUACUCCUAGGAGGCUGUGAAGCUGACAAGAAUCCGUCUUCUAGUGCUAGCGGUCAAGAAAAUAUGGCCAAGAAAGUCUUGUCGAAAAUUCGGGAUGCUGCCAGCUUUUCGAGUGAGACUUCUCCUGAAAAAGAGCUCAGCCGGAGUCGUGCAAUCUAUGUGGAGACGGAGGAAAUGGGUCGAUUUGGUCGUGCGCUUCAUCGAUUGUGGAAACAGAAAAUGCCACCUGUGAUCUACGAAAAUCCUACACCGAUUUUCCGACUUUUCUUCGAUUUCAUUUUCGAGCUCCGGCUACCAUUUAUCUUUCGGGAGAACGAGACAAGUGAAGAAAGGUUCGCACGGCGAAACAAGAAGUACACCAAAUUCAUGGUCAGUGAACGGGUGCGGAAUUCGAAUAAUUCUUAUGGCCAGACUCUGUUGAUAACUCCAUUUUUCAAGAUAGAGCCUUCAUUCAGUUCAUCGUAGUUCAUUGGCUACUAGCUCUGCGUAUGUCGAACCAGCGAUAUAGAUGGUUAUGAAUCUGAUCCAAUAAGAUCUGACGGUAUGGAAAAUGUAACUCAUGUAAAAUAGUAGCUCUAAUGAUGCACAACCGGGAGUAAGGCGUCAUCUUCGUCUUCACUGGCGGACAAAUCUGAAGGGUCGCCGUCGUCGACGAUGGUUCCCGGACCUGUUGCUACUGCGGUCUUUAAUGAAGUGACUUCGUGGUUUCCGAAUCGGCCUAAUUCGGAUUAUGUGAUGCAAAUUGGCGCAGCUUUUCCUACGUUGGAUCAAGUAAAGACGACAGAGACUCAUCGUGUAGCAGUGAGGUAUCUGUUUCCGCGUCUCUACGUCGAUGCAGCACGUGCCGCUUCGAUGCGUACAGAGCUGGUAUCCCAAUUGCCGCUAGAUCGGUCGUGUCAUAAGUGGUUCGAGUCCUUGCGGGAAGACGUCUAUGUCCGUCACGCGAGCGCCGUAUGCGAGUCCGAGGGUGGCAUCCCAAACGAGGAAUAUUUGAACAAGAUUCUAGCGGAUGAUAACAUCUAUAAGCCGAAAGCAGCAGUUGGCCGUUACGCGGAGUGCGCAGGCAACUGGCAUGACACGAUUCGCGUUCCUUUUUGUCAUGCUGCGACAUCUGCAAGUCGCAUCAGUGGAGAAAUUAUGCGGUGGAAGGGCACAUUGGAGAAAGUCGAGAAGUCAAAGCUCGAGAUGAUUCUCGAUGAGCUCAGCUCGUCGGAGGAAGAUGAGGACGAAUCUUUACAGCAAGGGAACAAGCCGGGAAACGUUUCUACAGAGUCAGCUUCAACAAAAAAAACUUCCAAGAAGAGUAUGAAUCCACGAGCAAACUACAGCAGCAACAUCCUAUUUCGUGAUCAUUCGGAGAAAGAUGCGAAAGGAAAGCUGCCUACAGAAAGCAGUGAAGUUCGAAAGCUAUCAGUAAGACUCAACGACUACCGUCUGCAUCAACUCACUGCAUGUAUUCAAAGCCUUGAGCGUUCCCGCGAGCCGAGAAACAACGAGCGGCUUCGCACUUUCAGAGGCAGCUGAGGCUGCUGGUAGCGGUGAGGAGGUUGGGAUGGCUACGUGUCUCUUCACCUGUAGAAAAUCUAUCUAUGCAUUACAAGAGUGAUUAUGUGUUAUGCACUUCCCAAAAGCGUUUUUCAUCUUAUACCAAUGAAAAACUUUUAUCCUUCAACCAUUCCACCCCCUAGUUGUCCACCCCCUAGUUGUUUAGUUGUUUGUCCCUGUCACUUUCUGAGUUGGGUAAGGAAAAACUUGCCUAAGGAUCGAAACUCAGGUAUUGUGGCUCUCAUUGAAAUUGUUGUCUUGCAAAGCGCGUAUAAGCGGUAUCCCCAGAGUCAUUGAAAUAUUUGCAUAAUUUAUUUCUUCGUGUGAUCAUCUUUACUUUCGAAGAUCGAAGCAUGUAGUAGAGUUUAUGGAAUUCUACAACUCUACUAUAAUGGGAUGCUAUGGCCUUUACUUAGACUUUAUUUAACGGAGUUUCUACCUAGAGGAAAAAAUACAGACGGUCGAGUGGUAGGUUGACUUCGAAGAAGACUUGAUUUUUCAAGGUAGAACAAACAAAGCGGUAGCACCGGCGUGCUGGCAAACAAGACUAAAUUUCUUGAGAAAUUCUAGAGUUUACACCCAUGGGUUUGGGGCUACAAGUUUUUGUACAAAAUUUGAGUUUGAUCCUCGUCUCCAAAAUGUAU